AUGCUCGGUUUACCUCGUAACAGCUGGAUCUCUGGGAAGAGUAGAGAGGACGAGGAGCGCCCUCUCCAACCGACUCCUCGCUCUCGCACAGAGCGGAGCCGCUUCAGCAGAAUCGCCCCGGUACUCGUUCUUGGGCUUGGGCACCUGAUCCUACUCGCGUUCGGAUGGACUUUCGUGGCGGUCUUGCUUAACCACGAGUACUACCAGAUUGCGCUCCCGGAUGCGGCCGCCCGCGUAGCCCUCAAUAAUCCGCGUGGAGCGACAUAUCUAGCCAGUUUGGCCGCCACGGUGCUGAGUCUUCUGUCUUCUUGGCUUUUCGCCAGGGCAGUUCGCAUGAUAUUGGCCACGGCGCUGAUUGAGAAGCCCGUCUACUUGCACCGGUUUGGAUUCUUGGUCACGCUUUCAAACUUCCGUCUCUUUUUCGACACGAAGUAUCCCGCGUGGGCGUUUAUCGCGCUGGUCGUGCUUCUGGCCGCUCAUACGACCACAUCCGGAUGGACGGCUCUCCUAAACCCAACUCUCAUCCUGCUGCCAAAGUAUAUCACGGGGAGCGAGCUUAACAUCAGCAGCCCUGCAUUUUAUGAGUUACUGGACUCCCAAUCGAUAUACGCGACUGAAAGCGAGAACUCGAUCACAAACACGGAAAUUGGGGCCCUCGAACUGUUGGGUGUGGCAACGCUUGCGGGCCAAUCAGCUGCUGGAUCGGAUCUCGGGUUUCCCAGCUUCUUCAAUUUUAAUGGGGCGUCGUAUAACCUGUCUACCGCUGGCGUGCUGCCGAUGAUCCCCGAGUACAUCGCUGCCCACACCCAAGCGACAGGGUGGGGUCUUUCGUACUCAGGUGGACAGGUACCCUUAAACACUGUGGUGGAGACGAGGAUAGAGGGGUUCCAGAUGAAUUACACGGUCAGACAACAAGGCCUCACAGCCAGCGUCGUAUGCAUUCAAACGUCCAACGGAACAAUUGGCGGUGAAUACCAGCCAAUCACGUCACCGUAUGGGACGUUCAUUGGCACUGCUGGAUAUCGGUAUUGGAUUACGGCCGUCAACUGCAGCAGUGCUGGCAAUGGCGAAGAGGCAAUAAGAUCGCGUCAGACGGGAUACAUCACACAGACAUUCAACACUGGUGUUGACGCCUGCCUCGGAGAAGGUAUCGGGGAUGGGUUCAUGCCAAUCAUACCGUGUCCGCAACAGACUUUGACUCAGGGUAACAACAACAGCUUUGCGAUCAAGAUGGCCGGCCUGUGCAAAUACAGCGCGAUAAACUCGACCAUUUGUCAGGUUACGCCGCUCGUCACUGACACAGUCGUCACCUACAACGGCGGUAUCAUCAGCCAGCAGUAUAUCGUCGACUCGUGGCUGCUCGGAGAGGUCAACCCUUCAGCCAUGGCUUUCCUAGUCGGACUCGUAGACUGGAUUGGGCAAACAGCGCAGGGCAUGGUGAGCAACGACGUGGGAGACUCAGUCAACACCAUACUGUCGUCUCUGCCGAACAUGAAUGGCACUUCAGCCAACGUGACCCUAAUCAACGGUGUUAUGGCGAACUAUUGGCGAGGCGUCAUUGAAUUCGGAGGAACGUUCCUCAGGUCUGGCUUCUCCGCCGCUGGAGACCUUCCGACCAACAUGACAUCCCCCAUCAGCGGGCAUGCCUAUGUUCUCACCAUGGGCUGGUCCAAAGGGUGGUCACCUCGGGCUGCCAUUAUUAUCGUUUUCGCUAUGAUCCCACAGACGAUCGUCUCCCUCUUGACACUUGUCAUUCUGAUUAGGUCUGGGGGCGAUUCGCUCGGGUUUAGACCCGGCUUCGAUCCCACAGAUAUCGCCGAUGCCUUGUUGGCCACGUCAGCGAGUAACACCGCAUCUGGGGGAUUUCUCCCCAGAGAGCGGGAGUUAGUGAUGAAUCAGAAGAAGGUGGAUUUGCACAUAGGUGAUGAUGGAAGAAUGGCGAUGACGCUGAGUGAGAACCAGGUCCUGGUGGGCAGCAAGGAAAGAUUCGGUCUCGGCGGCGAUUGA